GCAAAAAUGAAAGUAAAAUGGACAAAGUUAGGAAUGGUCUUCUUUCUGCUUCUGUCUCUUGUCAUGACGGGCUGUUUCAUUUGGCAGUACAGACUCCCCAAAGCAAAACCAGAUGAAACAGUUUCAGAAGAAGUGAAAGAAGUGAAGAUGUGUCCAAGGUUUCCGGAACCUAUGCCAUUGGAGCACCCAAUACCUGUCCUCAUGGAGGCUUUGGAAAAGGUGGAUGUACUUUUGAGGACCAGCAUCGAUGCCACCAGACUGCCAGCCAUAUCUGCCAUUUUGAUAUUUAAUGAUUCUGUGUUGUGGAAUGGAAACUUUGGCAGAAUAAAUGGAAGUGACCCCACAUCCCCUGUACCGAGCGAAUACACGGUUUACAGAAUUGCAAGCGUUUCUAAAAUAUUUCCCACCCUGAUGCUGUAUAAACUUUGGGAGGACAAAAAGGUAGAUUCCCUGGAUGACCCUCUGGAAAAGUAUGUGAAGAACUUCACUAUAAAAAACCCUUCAGGGAAAAGAAGAGACCAUGACCUCAAAUCUGUCUCUGAUGGGAAAGAUGCGCAAAUCCAAGCAUCCUCGGUCACACUGAGAAGGAUGGCCGGACAACUGUCAGGUUUACCUCGGCGUCUCAGGUCAACAACGUUACUGUGGAAAGGCACCACUCAGACGGCUGUAGACUUAUUACAAGAUGAUGUUCUGGUGGCUGACCCUGGUACAAAAUGCCACUACAGCAACUUGGCCUUCUCCCUACUGGCCCACGUGAUGGCAGAGAAGGUGGCAGGAACAGAUUAUCAGAGCUGGGUGUCUGAAAAUAUCCUGCAACCGCUGGGAAUGGAGGACACCGGCUUUGAAAUCACCCCUGAGAUAGAGAGCCAGAUGGCAAUAGGUGUUUACUCGAGUGGGCUGCCAGCACCUCUCUAUGACCUUGGCUGGUACAGACCGUCGGGGCAAAUGUAUUCCACACCUGCUGACAUGGCCAAACUGGUGAUGAUGCUGUUGGGUGCCUACUACCAGCAGGUUCUACAGCCCGACACCCUCAAGACCAUACUGACGCCUUUAUUUCGCUGCGACCGCAGUUACUUUGCGAAUCAAACAGGAACACCUUGGGAGGUGAAUGAACGGUUGGGGUAUGACAUCAUCCGCAAGGACGGGGAUCUGGAUGGUUAUUCGGCUACCAUCUCCCUUGUUCCACGUAUGAAAGUAGGUUUGGUCAUCCUUAUGGCUGGGAUCAAACCUGAUGAGGACCUUGUAGACAAGGCCUACAGUUAUCUACUCCCUGCCAUGGAAAGUGCCUUCAGAGAUGCACGUCGUGUUCUCACCCCGCCUCCGGACCCUGUACCAUAUUUAGGCUAUUUUACCUACAGCAACAUAACAUUUUAUGAGAUCAAGGCAGACAUAAAUGGGGUGCUGUCUAUGGAGCAGUUCGGACCACAGGUGGACACCAUGGUUCCAGUGAAGUACAGAACAUUGAAGCUCAGUUAUUUGGAGGAUAGGGUGUUUAGGGUUGUGUUUGAGAAAGAAUACCCAUGUGAGCUGAAAGUGAACACUGCCUCUGUGUCUCUCGCAGCCCAGGACGGGCAGAUCUUUAACUUUUACAUAUUCAACAAAAACGGUCUCUCACCAGGCUUUGAUGUUCCAGGGUUAAAUACUUAUAAAGUUGCAAGGAUACCUCGCAAACCCAUUUUUACUGGUUGA